UACUCUGUAGUCGCGCAACACUUGGGUUGUGGGCCUGUGGGGACCGGCUAAAGGUCUGGCCACCAGGCAGCUGCGCAUCCUGCCUGCAGCGGCGAUGGAUUUGAAUGAGGAUGAUCCUUGGUGUUUCACAGGCUGGACGUUAAUGUUCUACAGAGAUUGACCGUGUUUCUUUCCACAGUUGGGUGCAGUCACGUGGCCCACGUGGCCUCUGUGGAGCUCGUGUCUUCAGAGAGUGUGGCCUGCAGGGCAGAGGUGCUCUGGUUUCUGCCGACAGGAAACCAUCUUAAACAGCAAGUCAGUCUUUCAGUCCUGAUCAUGAGCCAGUUAUUCUGAAGUUUUCACCCUCAAAACGUCCUCACAAGUAUGGUCAGACAUGCUUGUCACACUCGUUGGUGUCUCUGUCCUUGUGGGGACCAGGGGUCUCAGCCGCUCGAGGGCGUUACAACUGGACAUGAAGAAAUGAUAGGUUCAGCACACGUUGCUGCUCUUUACAAGUGAUAUAUGUCACGGAAGUCACCACUGACAAUCCCUUUAAAAUCCAUUAUUUUCCCGCCAAAACACUGUUGAUGUUUUGUGUUGCCACCGCACAUGUAUGGUUUCAAGGACCAUUGAGGGUUCCAGUCAAAGAGAUGAAUUUGUUUGAGCGUUUUGUUAUUGAGUUGUUUUGUUUUUGUUUUUUUGAGGUGGUGUAAUAAUCAUUGAGGUUUGACAGUGUGUGUAGUGAUGGUGAAUACUUUUCGGUCCAGAAUCGUCCAUAGAUAGAUAGUAUGCUGCUAUUGAGCCUCAAUAACAUCCUCAUUAAAUACUUUUGACACUUGAUUUCGAGUGGGUGAUGGAUUGUUAUAAUACUGCAUGGUUUUGCUUGAAUAAAUCUGUCUUCACAAUAAAGUGAUGUGUGUCCUCGUCCACAACAACCAUUGUACAAUAACAGCUAUUUGUUAAUACAUUUCCACAUAUGCUGUGUUUUAUUGCUUCACCAUCCUCUGACGACUGAAACUCACACUUCUGUUCUAUUAUAUUUUAGAACAGAGAAACACAAGGAUCCGACUGACUUCCGUGUUGACACGUAAGCCCCGCCUCUCCCCGCGCGCCCCGUCCGUCACCACGUCUCCAUGGCGACCAGCCGUCGCCACAGAAACACUAACGCUUGACGUCGCGUUUCUCAAGUUUCCAGCCGAACUUUCUCCGCCGAACUUCUCACCGUAGGACGGACUCCCCGCACUUCAGUCACGAUAACUGCUCGGUCAAAGUGUCCGAGUCCGCUCUCUGCUGCAGGUGCUCCAGGGAGCUUCUGCCAAAAAUGGACAACAACGAUCACCUGAAGUCAACUCGAGGGCUGUUCAUCCGCUGCGUGUCCAUUCCUGGCGUCACUGAAGAGUCCUGGUCGGGGGAGAAUGAGAGAGCGCUGGAGCAGUUUGUCUGUGACGAGUCCAUCACAACCUUGGUGGUCUACCUGGACGUCCACAUGAAGCUGCGAGUGGAGUUCACCAUUCCUGUGCAGGUGGCGGAGCAUUUGGUGUAUUUCAUUCGCGAACCUGGCGCCAUCAUCACCCCGGAGACCUUCGAGGCGGCGGUGCAGUUCGGCACGGUGAGGGGCGACCCCACCCACAGUCUGCUCCGCUUCAUGGCCAGUUUGCACGCUCCUCUGGUCUCCCUCUCGGCCCACUGGGAGAGGAACAUCAAGAAUAACUACGUCAAUGACCUGCACUGCUACCUGGCCGCUCUCACAGAUGAGGUCCAUCAAAAGGAGGGUCAGACGGUGCUGUAUGUCCCGACGGAAGGUCUUCAGUUCAGUCCUGAAGAAGCAGUCAAGGACAAGAAGCUGCUCCAGAGGAUGGAGACUGUGGUCAUCCACUGGACGGAUCAGAUCAAGGACUUCCUGAACAGGCAGGAAGUGAUGAAGAUGAGGGACGGCGGCGGUCCUCUUCAGGAGAUCUCCUUCUGGAAGAGUCGCUCAACCAUGCUGUCGGAUAUUUCCCUGCAGCUGCAGAAGCCCGGCGUCCAACACAUCCUGAGCAUCCUGCAGCUCGCCAGGUCUCUCUAUGUCCAGCGCUUCUCCAAAAUGACCUCGCAGAUAACGGACUUUGAGGACGAGGCACGGUCCAAUCUGUCCUACCUGUCCAUACUGAUGGAGCCCUGUGAGGAGCUCCAGCGCCUGGAGCUGCACCAGAUGGCCCCCAAACUGCGUCACAUCGUGAACCUCGUCCGCAUCAUCUGGGUCAACUCAGCCCGUUACAACACCAGCGAGAGCGUCACGGGUCUCUUCUGCAAGGUGAGUAAUGAAGUCAUCUGCCUGUGCAUCAGAAGCAUCUCUCUGGACAAGAUCUUCGGAGGAUUUGUGACGUCCAGCAAGAGGAGCCUCCACCAGUGCAUGGACUGCUGCCUGGCCUGGAAGGACAUCUACCAGGAAGUGGCUGAGACUCACCAGAGGCUCUCUACUAAGCCGUGGGACUUGGACCAGAACAGCAUCUUCGUCCUGGUGGACGUCUACUUGGAGCGCUUCAGGGACCUUCUGGAGGUCUGUGACUGCCAGCAGCAGUUUGCUCGUUGGGAAGACGGACAGCAGAGGGCCCCGCCGUGCUUCAGUGGAUGCCAGGGCCCCGAGUUCUCCCGCUCACUUCUGGAUCUGGAGGACAAAUUCCAUCACUACCUGAGGAACCUGCAGUCUGUGGGCAAAGAGAUCCUGGAUGUGGAGAGCGUCAGGUGGUGCACAGAGUUUAACAGGUUUCUCUUGGUGGUCAAAGAUCUGGAGAUGGUGAUGCAGAACCUGAUGGAUUCUGUGUUCAAGACUGUCAGCACUGUGGAGGAGGGGGUUCGUCUGCUGGAUGUCUUCAGACCCCUGUGCUCUCGGGAGGGUAUGAAGCGCACCAUGGAGGAGAAGGCGGAGGAGGUCUACAGCAUCUUCAGCAAAGAGCUGGCGACGAUCCACCGAGAACUGAACCAGAGGACUUCAUCUGUCCCCAAACACAUGCCCCUGCGAGCAGGCCACGCCCACUGGGCCCGGGGCUUCAGGAGCCACCUGGAGAGUCGCAUGGAGGUUCUGAAGAAAGCUCCGUUCCUGCCGGAGUCCUUCAGUCAGAAGCAGGUGUUUACCACCUACAGCCAAAUGGUUCACCUUCUGGAUGAGCUGGUGAGGAAGGAGUUCAGCGAGUGGAGCCAGAACCUGGACAGACUUCACGUGAAGAAGCUGGAGCAGCCGCUGAUGCUGCGCAGCAAGGACAAGUUCCCCAGGCUGGACAUCACAUUCGAUAGCCAUCUGUCCUCUCUGUUGGCUGAGAUCCACUACUGGGACCGGCUGAACUUUGAGAUCCCCCAGUGUGUGUCUGAGGUCUACUGGGACCGGGAGGAAAUCAGAGGGCUGAAGGAGCAAGCGAUGCUGCUGGCGCGAGACUACAACAGGAUCUUCACACUUCUGUCGUCGGACGAGCUGACUUUGUUUCGGGAGCGCAUUCGACAUCUGGACAAGCAGAUCCAGCCGGGACUCACCAGACUCACCUGGUUGACCAAAGAAUCGUCGGGCGCCUUCGUCCGGGACUGUCUGCUGCACAUCCACAGGGUCCAGCUGACUGUCGACUGGUUCAAGGCGUCGGUCCAAACCAUCUCGGGUCUCUGUCGUCGGCUGAGUGAAACCCUGCUGCUCAGGCUGGACGGCAAGACGGUGUACAGGAAUCUGGAUUUUGAGGAGGAUCAGAAGACUCACCAGCUGAGUCAAGUACAGUCUCUGCGCUCAGCUCACCAGGAGGUGGUGGAAAUCAUGAGCCACAUCCACGAAACCUUCAGUAACGAUGGACCCGAGGUCCAGGAUCAGUGGGUGUCCUUCACAGAGAAGGUGGAUCACAUGGUGGAGGAAGCUGUGAGAACAAAUGUUCUGCGCUCCAUGCAGCGUCUCUCCGUGGCCAUCAACGGGGAGGGCAAGACUUUGCCCAACCCUCUGUUCAAAGUCCAGGUCACGCUGCGACAGUCGCCCGCCCACAACAGCCCCAAGGUGGAAUUCUCCCCAGCGCCAGAAAAGCUGGCUCACGUUGUCAACCUCCUGCCGCAGCUCAUCCACAGCGUGUCUGGAUUCAGGCGACUGCCCGAGCUGCUCGGUGGCGCACGCUCUCAGUUCGCUCCCGUUCACAUCCGCAUCGAGCAGGACCAGGAGAUCAGGAGGAUCCAGACGGCUGUGUCUGCAGGGAUGUCGGCCGCGUGCAGCGACAUGAAGGAUUAUUUGGAGACCUGGAGCAAAUACCGCAACAUCUGGAUGAUCAACAAGGAUUCCUUCAUUCAACGCUACCAGAGGUUCAACCAGCCGGUCACCACCUUCGUGUCAGACAUCCACAGGUACACGGAAAACGCCAACAGUGUGGAGCAGGAGGAGACUCUGGUCAACAUCAGGUUCAUCACUCUGGACACCUCUCCCAUCAAGUCCUCCUUGGUGCAGCACUGCAACGAGUGGCAGUUCAAGUUCACACAGCUCCUCGGCAACAUGGCGAGCGCUCACCUGCGAGAGCUGCACGCCGCCAUGCGCGCGCACGCAGAGAGACUCAGAGAAGCCCCCAACUCGCUUGAAGAGCUCAGCCAGAACAUGAAGCUCCUGGAGAGCCUUCAGGGGGAUUUGGGGAAAACAGAGCAUCAAAUUUCCGUCGUCCACGAACAGUUCGCUGUCUUGGACAAGUACGAGGUCCCUCUGGAACCGUCGCUGCAGGAGCUUCGUGAGGCUCUGCCCAGAGAGUGGCUUUGGUUCCAGCAGGUCCUGGCAGACAGUGAUGUGGCGCUGAAGAAGCACAAGGAGAAGUUCAAGAGCAGCAUCGUCCUGUCUUCAGAGGAACUGAAGAAACAAAUCCAGACCUGCGUGCAGGAGUUCCACAGCAGCGGUCCCUUCAGCAGCCUCCUGAGCCCCGACUCUGCCUUGACGCAGAUCACUGGACACCGAGGUCAGCUGGAGACUCUGAAACAGGAGGAGAAUCGGAUCCUCAGCAGCCUGAGCUUCUUCAAGAUAGAGCAACCAGCAUCUAAAAGCAUCAGCACCCUGGAGAAGGACCUGGACUCCCUGCAGCAGGUGUGGGAGGUGACUCGGGAGUGGAGCUGUCACUGGGAGCGGUGGAAGCUGCGUCCGUUCGCUGAGCUGCAGACAGAGACCAUGGAGAGAACGGCUCAGGAUCUGUUCCACAAACUACGCCACCUGAAAGAGGAGCUGAAAGACAAGAGGUGGGACAUCCUGGACUCUUCCAAGAACAAGGUGGAUCACUUCAAGAGACUGGUUCCUCUCCUUGUAAACCUGAAGAACCUGGCCAUGAGAGAUCGACACUGGAAGCAGAUCUGCGACGAGCUGCAGUGCUCCUUCGACCAGACCAGUCCAGACUUCACCCUGGAGAAGAUCAUCUCUCUGGGCCUAGACAAGUCUGCAGACAAGAUCAGUGAGAUAUCUGAAGCGGCAACCAAGGAGGUGUCCAUCGAGCAGGGUUUGGAAGAGAUUUCAAAGACGUGGGAGGAAACAUCUCUGGAUGUUGCACCGUACAAGGAUGGAGGCCACUACCACCUCAGGGGGUCAGAGGAGGUGGUGCAGGCUCUGGAGGACAUCCAGGUCGUGCUGUCCACGAUGAGAGGGUCCUGCUUCGUCAAAGCCUUUGAGCACGAAGUGGAGCGUCGGGAACGUCAGCUGUCGCACGCCAUGGAAGUGGUGGAGAUGUUCCUCACCGUGCAGCGGCAGUGGAUGUACCUGGAGAACAUUUUCCAAGGAGAGGACAUCCAGGAGCAGCGUCCUCGGGAGUGUGAGCAGUUUGAAGACGUGAGUUCCAGUUGGAGAGCUGUCAUGGAGCGACUCCGACGGGAGAAUAACGCCUUGAGGGGAACCCAUCAGCCUGGUUUGCCUGCAAAACUCUCGGAGAUGAGUGUGAGGCUGGAGGAGAUCCAGAAAGCUCUGGACCAGUACCUGGAAGCCAAGAGGCAGAUCUUCCCACGAUUCUACUUCUUGUCCAGCAUGGACUUGCUGGAGGUCCUGGGUCAGUCCCAGAACCCGGAGGCCAUGCAGCCACACCUGAAGAAGUGCUUCAGCAACAUCAGGAGUCUGCACAUGAAAAAGGUGGGUCUGAAGAAUGAAGUGACCUCCAUGGCCUCAGCAGAUGGGGAGAUGGUGGAGUUCAUCCAGAGCGUGCAGCAGGACAAAGCUGUGGAGCUGUGGCUGUGCGACGUGGAGUCCACGAUGCGUCGCACUCUGAAGACCAGUCUGAAGGAUUGUCUGGACGCUCUGAAGAUGAUGAAGGGGAAGAGGGAGAAGUGGCUCAACGACUGGCCGGGCCAGGUGCUGAUCACAGCCAGUCAGAUCCAGUGGACCAGUGAGGUCACUCAAGCUCUCCUCAACUGUAAGGAGUUUGGCAACAAGUCCUCUCUCAAGUCCAUGAAAGAGAAGCAGGUGUCCAUGCUUAAGCGCUACUCGGAGAUGGUCCGUGGAGAUCUAUCCAGCGUCCUCCGUCUGAAGAUGGUGGCUCUGGUCACCGUGGAGGUCCACGCCCGGGACGUUAUCGACCAACUGGCCCGCGUCAGCUGCAAGGAUGCCAACGCCUUCGAGUGGCUCAGUCAGCUGCGGCUCUACUGGGAGAAGGACCUAGACGACUGCACAGUUCGACAAACCCACACUCAGUUCCGCUACGGUUACGAGUACCAGGGGAACUCUGGGAGACUGGCCGUGACUCCGCUCACCGACAGGUGCUACGUGACUCUGACCACCGCUCUGCACCUGCACCGAGGAGGCUCUCUGACCGGUCCGGCCGGCACUGGGAAGACGGAGACGGUGAAGGAUUUGGGGAAGGCUCUGGGGAUGCACGUGGUGGUGGUGAACUGCUCAGAAGGACUGGACUACAGGGCCAUGGCGAGCUUGUUCUCUGGCCUGGCGCAGACCGGAGCCUGGGGCUGCUUCGACGAGUUCCAGCGGAUCAAGGUGGAGGUGCUGUCGGUGGUGGCCCAGCAGGUGCUCUCCGUCCUGUCGGCGCUCUCCUCUCGACUGGAGCAGCUGCAGUUUGGCGGGCGGCUCAUCCGCCUGGUGGGCUCGUGUGGCGUCUUCAUCACUGUGAAGCCCGGCUGCGCCGCUCACGCUGACCUUCCCGAUGACCUCAAGUCCAUGUUCAGACCCGUCGCCAUGUUGAUGCCAGACUCCACGCUCAUCGCUGAGGUCACGCUGUUGGCGGAAGGCUUCAAGGAGUGUAAGACCCUGGCGAAGAAGGUCUCCACCCUGCACUCGCUGGCUCUCCAGCUGCUCUCCAGACAGGCCCACUACGACUUUGGCCUGCGAGCGCUCAGCUGUUUGCUGCGGCACGCCGGGAGCAAGCGCCGCGCCUGCCCCGAUGUCUCGGACGAAGAAGAGAUCCUGCUGGUGGCUGUGAAAGACAUGCAUCUGGCCCAGCUGACCUCAGCUGACCUGCCGGUGUUCACCGGGCUCCUACAGGAUUUGUUCCCGUCCGUAGACGCGGCGGCUACAGCUCACAGAGAGCUGGAGGAAGCCGUGGAGGCGGAGCUCCGUCACAGCGGCUACCAGGCGACGUCCUUCUCCAUCUCCAAAGUCCUCCAACUCUACGAGACCAAGACAUGUCGACACGCUUGCGUGCUGGUGGGUGAGACGGGCAGUGGCAAGACUGUGACCUGGAGGACUCUGCAGCGGGCCCUCAGCUCGCUCCACCAGCGUGGGGUUCCUGAGUACCAGCAGGUCCAGCAUUUCCCUCUGAACCCCAAGUCCAUGAGCCUGGGCGAGCUGUACGGCGAGAACAAGAGGGAUGGAGUUCUGUCUUCCAUCAUGAGGUCCACGUGUGCAGACGAGGGGCCGGAGGAGAAGUGGAUCGUGUUGGACGGGCCGGUGGACCCGCUGUGGGUCGAGCGCAUGGACUCCGUGAUGGACGACAACAAGGUGCUGACGCUCCUCAGUGGAGAGAGAAUCUCAGUGCCAGGACAGGUGUCUCUGCUGUUUGAGGUGGAGAACCUGGCGGCGGCGUCUCCAGCUACAGUGUCUCGCUGUGGGAUGGUCUACCACGACAACGCUCUCUUGGGAUGGAGGCCGCUCGUCGACUCCUGGCUGGACAAGAGACAUGAGAAUGAAGUGGCCCACCUGAGGCGUUUGUUCGACAAGUUCCUGAGUCGCACGUUGGAGUUCAAGAGGAGGAACUGCAGGGAGCCGAUCCCCGUCAGCGAACUCAGCGCCGUCUCCUCCCUCUGUCGACUCUACGACUCUCUGGCCUCAUGUAGCUAUGAGGAGGUGGUGUCUGGCCCUGAGAGCGUUGGCUGCAUGAUCGAGCUGUGGUUCACCUUCAGUCUGAUCUGGUCCGUCUGUGCGUCCGUGGACGCAGACGGACGGAAGAGGAUGGACAGCUUCCUGCGAGAGCUGGACGGCACGUUCCCCAUCAAGGACACUGUGUAUGAGUACUACGCUGACACCAAGAGCAGAACCUGGACGUCGUUCGAGGAGCAGCUGCCGAAGAGCUGGCGCUACAGCGCCAGCGCUCCUUUCUAUAAGAUCAUGGUUCCCACCGUCGACACGGUUCGAUACCGCUUCCUGGUCAAGUCUCUGGUCCUGGCCCAGUACCCAGUGCUGCUCACCGGUCCAGUGGGAACAGGGAAGACUUUGGUGGCCCAGAGUGUCCUGCAGGAGCUGGAGUCAUCCGAGUGGAGCAGCCUGACUCUCAACAUGUCGUCACAGACCUCCUCCAACAACAUCCGGGCCGUCGUGGAGAGCCGCCUGGAGAAGAGAACCAAAGGGGUGUUCGUUCCAGCCGGUGGGAAGCCGCUGCUGUGUUUCCUGGACGACCUCAACGUGCCGGCCAAAGACGCGUUCGGAUCCCGGCCGCCGCUGGAGCUGCUGAGACUCUGGCUGGACCACGGGUUCUGGUACGACCUGCAGAGACAGACGCCCAAGUUAGUCAAGGACAUGCGGCUCCUGGCCUCGAUGGGGCCCCCUGGUGGAGGGAGAACUCUCAUAUCCAGCCGCUUACAGAGUCGCUUCAACCUCAUCAACGUGACCCCCCCUCAGGACUCUCAGAUCAGACGAAUCUACAGCACCAUGAUCCACCAGAAGCUCCAGGGCUUCAAGGAGGACGUGAAGCCCAUCGGCGAGGUUCUGGUCCAGGCCACCUUAGAACUCUUCCAGUCGGUCAGCGCCUGCUUCCGGCCCACGCCGACCAAAACACACUACCUGUUCAACCUCCGGGACGUGUCCAAGGUGUUCCAGGGUCUGCUGAGAGCCCACCCAGACUUCCACGACACCAAGAGCAACCUGGCCAGACUCUGGACUCACGAGUGCUUCAGGGUUUUCUCCGACCGACUCGUCGACCGCAGCGACGCUGAAGCCUUUGUUGCCCUGCUGACGGAGAAACUGGCUUCUCAGUUUGACCUCACCUUCCACAGCAUCUGUCCCAGCAAACAGCCUCCAGUGUUUGGGGACUUCCUGAGUGAGCCGCGGGUGUACGAGGACCUGGGGGACUCACAAGGACUGAAGGAGUUCCUGGAGAGGCAGCUGCAGGAGUACAACGAGGUGCCGGGCGUAGUGCCCAUGAGCCUGGUGCUCUUCAGACACGCCAUCGACCACAUUGCUCGUGUGCUGCGGGUCAUCAGACAGCCCAGGGGACACAUGCUGCUGGUCGGCGUCAGCAGUUCUGGUCGACAGAGUCUUUCCAAGUUGGCGGCUUUUGUCUGUAACUACCAGGUCUACCAGGUGGAGGCGACCAAGCAGGAGUUCAGAGACGACUUGAAGAAGUUGUACCGGCAGACCGGCGUGGACCACAGAGCCACAGUCUUGCUGCUCGGGGAGAUGGCCGACCCGUCUUUCCUGGAGGAGGUCCACAACCUCAUGAGCGGCGGAGACGUUCCCAACCUCUUCACCACAGAUGAGUUUGUGGAGAUCUGCAGCAGCCUGUCAGCCUCAGCCAGGAGAGACAGCGUGCCCGAGACGCCCCACUCUUUGUUCAGAUACCUGAUGGAAAGGGUCCGCAGCAACCUCCACGUGGUCCUGUGUCUGAGCCCAGGAGAAAGCUUCAGGAGCCGCUUGCUGCAGUUCCCAGCUCUGCUCAACAGCACCACCAUCGACUGGUUCUGCAAGUGGCCUGAGGAGGCCCUGCUGGAGGUGGCGGAGAGGCGUCUGGAAGGGCUGGAUGUGGGCGCAGCUGAGAAGGCCAAGGUGGCGAGCGUGUGUGUGAGCGUGCAUCGGUCGGCCACUCUGCUCUCCCAGAAGAUGACGGCGGAGUUGAGGAGACACAGCUACGUGAGGCCCACAAACUACCUGGACCUGGUUUCCGGAUACAAGAAACUCCUGGCAGACAAGCGGCAUGAGCUGGAGCUGCAGGUCAACAAGCUGCAGACUGGACUCCUGAAGGUCAGCACCACCAGAGAGAAGGUGGAGGUCAUGUCGGCGGAGCUGGAGGAGGCCCGGAGGCAGAUGGCCGAGGUCCAGCUGGAGUGUGACAAGUACCUGUCUGCCAUCGUGCAGCAGAAGAUGGAGGCGGACAAGCAGCAGAAGGCUGUGAGAGCAGACGCUGAGAAGGUCCAGGCGGAGGAGCACCAGUGUCAGGUCCUGGCUGACCUUGCCCAGAGAGACCUGGACCAGGCUCUGCCCGCACUGGACGAGGCAAAGAAGGCUCUGGAGUCUCUGAAUAAGACGGACAUGACUGAGAUCAAGUCGUACGGUCGUCCUCCCGCCAUGGUGGAGACGGUGAUGCAGGCCGUCAUGACUCUUCUGGAGAAGGAGGCCACGUGGACGGAGGCCAAGAGACAGCUGGGUGACGCCAGCUUCAUCAGAACACUGGUGACCUUUGACAAGGACAACAUCUCGGACAAGGUGAUGAAGAAGGUCGGCUCGUACUGCCGCAGCUCUGACUUCGACCCGGAGAAGAUCGGAAACGUGUCCCUGGCCGCCAGGUCGCUCUGCAUGUGGGUGCGAGCCAUCGAGGCCUACGGAAACAUCCACCGGAGCGUGAAGCCCAAGAGAGCCCAGUUCAACGCAGCCGCGGCCCAGCUGGCAGAGAAACAAGCGGAGCUCAGUCAAUCCCAGAAUGCACUGCAGAAGUUGGGGGACGAGCUGGAGCAGCUGAAGCAGAAACAUGGCAACAAACUGUCCCUGAAGGACAGUCUGAGGAAGAGGACCGAGGAGAUGGAGGUCAAGCUGGACCGGGCUGACAAACUGGUGAAGGGACUGGCUGGAGAGAGGGUCCGCUGGGAGGACAGGGUUGCCGGUCUGGAGGAGGAGCUGGGGUUCCUGCUGGGAGACUGUCUACUCGCCGCUUCCUGCCUCUCCUACAUGGGUCCUUUCCGGUCCAGAUACAGAGACGAGCUGCUCUCCACCUGGAUGAAGGAGAUGCAGGGUCUGGGACUCAGGUUCUCACCGGGGUUCACUUUCGCCGACUUCCUGUCCGAGCCAGCUGCCGUGAGGGAGUGGAACGCUCAGGGUCUUCCCUCGGACACGUUCUCCACCGAGAACGGGCUCAUCGUCACACGUGGGAGCAGAUGGCCUCUGAUGGUGGAUCCUCAAGGUCAAGCAGUGAGGUGGAUCAAGAGAAUGGAAAUGAGCAGAGGUUUGAAGGUGGUGGACCUCCAGGUGCCAGACUACUUGGGAGUUCUGCAGGAUGCCAUCCAGUUUGGGAAUCCAGUGUUGCUCCAGAACGUUCAGGAGCAGCUGGACCCGUCGCUCUGGCCGCUCCUCAACAAGUCCCUGACUCGGAUCGGCGGGCGGCUGCUGCUGAGACUGGCGGGCAAGGACGUGGAGUUUCACCCUGAGUUCAGGUUCUACAUCGCCACCAACCUGUCCAACCCCCAUUACGCCCCUGAGACCUCCAGCAGGACCACCAUCGUCAACUUUGCUGUCAAAGAGCAGGGUCUGGAGGCUCAGCUUCUGGGGGUCGUGGUGAGGAAAGAACGUCCUGAGCUGGAGGAGCAGAAAGACUCGCUGGUGAUCCGCAUUUCCUCCGGACAGAGAAACCUGCAGCAGCUGGAGGACCAGAUCCUCAGGUUGCUGAAGGAGGCGAGCGGCUCGCUGCUGGACGAGGAGCAGCUGGUGGAGACUCUCCAGACCUCCAAAGUAACGGCCUCGGAGGUCAGCGAGCAGCUGGAGAGCAGCCUGCGAACUGCAAAGGAGAUCGACUCGGCUCGAGAGGAGUACCGCUCGUGCGCCCGGCGAGCCUCCAUGCUCUUCUUCCUCCUGAGCGACUUGAGCCUCCUGGAUCCCAUGUACCAGUUCUCCCUGGACACCUACAUCCAGCUCUUCGUCCAGAGUGUGGAGAAGAGCGGCCGCAGUCAGAAGCUGGAGGAGAGACUCGCCAACCUCAUCAGCUUCCACACAUACGCUGUCUACAGGUUUGUGAGCCGUACUCUGUUCCAGUGCCACAAGCUUCUCUUCAGCUUCCAGAUGUGCGUGAGAAUCCUGGAGGCGUCUGGCAAACUCAACAGGGAGGAGUACAACUUCUUCCUGGGAGGUGGUCAGGUUCUGGAUGGUCAGGUGGACAACCCGUGCAGCGACUGGCUGCCGGACUCCAGCUGGGAUCAUAUCUGUGCGCUGGACAAGCUUCCCAACUUCCACGGCAUGGUGACCUCGCUGGAGCUGGACCGGCGCGAGUGGCACGUUUGGUUCAGCGGAGCCCAGCCCGAGAGCACGCCGCUUCCAGCCGCCUGGGAAAACAAGUGUAGCCACCUCCAGAAGAUGUUGAUCGUCCGCUGCCUGCGUCAGGACCGCGUGUCCUCCUGCGUCGCCUCCUUCGUCACCAACACGCUCGGCGCCCGCUUCGUGGAGCCUCCGGUUCUGGACCUGAAGGCCGUGGCAGUGGAGUCCUGCAGCAGCUCUCCUCUCCUCUUCAUCCUGUCCCCUGGAGCCGACCCGGCGGGCCCGCUGCAGCAGCUGGCCGAGCUCUCCGGCAUGAGUGGCCGCUUCCACACUCUCUCCCUGGGACAAGGACAGGCUCCGGUCGCCGGGAGGCUGCUGGAGGACGGAGUGAGAAACGGUCACUGGCUCUUUCUGGCCAACUGCCACCUGUUGCUGUCCUGGAUGCCCCAGCUGGACAGAGUGGUGGAGCAGCUGGAGGUGCAGGAGCCCCACCCAGACUUCAGGCUGUGGCUCAGUUCUUCUCCACACGUGGAGUUCCCCAUCAGGCUCCUGCAGGCCAGCGUCAAGAUGAGCUGGGAGCCUCCCAAGGGUGUGAAGGCCAACCUGAGGUGCCUGUACCAGCAGCUGCCCCAGGCCGAGUUGGCCCACUGCUCCAGAAGCAACGUCUACCGGAAGCUGCUCUUCUCCCUCAGCUUCUUCCACAGCGUGCUGCUGGAGAGGAGCCAGAUGCUGCAGCUGGGCUGGAACCGCAGCUACAGAUUCUCCCCCGCGGACUUUGAGGUCGGCCGCAGUCUUCUGGGCCUGUACCUGGACCAGCACGAGGAGGCGCCCUGGGAGGCGCUCAGGCUCCUCGUGGCCGGUGUCACCUACGGAGGUCACGUGACCGAGGAGUGGGACCGCCGCCUGCUGGACACGUACACGGCUGAGUGUUUCCGCGACGACGUCGUCCAGCAGCCGCUCUACAAGCUCUCGCCCCCCCACUACGCCCCCCGUGACGGGCCACAGUCCUCGUACCUGGACCACAUCAGCACCCUGCCGCCCACGGAGUCGCCCGAGGUGCUGGGGCAGCACCCCAACGCCCAGAUCAGCGGCCGGAUGGCGGAGAGCCGGGCGCUCCUCAGCAGCCUGACGUCCCUGCAGCUGCUCUGUGGGGACCGACACACACCUGCAGGCAGCCGAGCAGGAAGCAGAACCGAGCGAGAGCUGAAGGUGCUGGAGCUGCUGCCGGAGCUGCGCGCCACCAUUCCGUCAGCCGUCACCGAGCACGACAGCUCCGUCCUGCAGGGGCACCGCGGUCCUCUGGACGUGGUUCUGCUGCAGGAGAUCCAGAGAUACAACCAGCUGCUGGAGACGGUCAGGUGGUCUCUGGAGCAACUGGAGAACGGGAUCACAGGAGUGGAGGUGAUGUCACCAGGUUUGGAGGAGAUCUUCAACUGUGUCCACGAUGGCAAAGUUCCACCACUGUGGGGGAAGACGUACCCGUCACUGAAGCCUCUGGCCGCGUGGACCUCAGACCUGCGCCAGCGGGUGGAGCAGCUGGCCCGCUGGGUCCAGACCAGCAGGCCGCCCGCGCUCCUCUGGUUGUCCGGCUUCACCUCCCCGAAGGCGCUGCUGACCGCCGUGCUGCAGUCGUACGCUCGACAACACCAGCAGAAGCCCGUGGACUCGCUCUCCUGGGAGUUCACCGUGUCCACCGUGGACGACAGCCACCUGCUCCACCCGCCGCAGCAGGACGGCGUGCUGGUGCGCGGGCUCUUCCUGCAGGGGGCAGCGUGGGACAGGAAGAACUCCUUUCUGGUGGAGGCCCAGCCCAUGCAGAUGUUCUGCCCGAUGCCCAGCGUCCACUUCAAACCCUCGGACAACCGCAAGAAGACCCCCAGGAGCGUCUACGUGUGUCCCUGCUUCUCCUCCCCGCAGCGGUCGGGGUCGGCGGCCGCAGACUUGUUUGUGGCAGCCGUGGAUCUGAAAUCUGGAGCCUUGACCCCGGACCACUGGGUCAAGAGAGGAACGGCGCUGGUGCUGAGUCUGGACCACUGAAGUCUGAAGCUCUGACUCCCUGAACAUGAGUCACAGUGACUGAGCUUGGGUAAAACAGUCCAGGCGUGUUUGUGAGGACCAAGUCAUGUGACCAGUGAGGAGGUCAGUUUGCUGCCGUCCCUGGUCCAGUCCUCACGCACCUUGUUCUGUGUGCACAUAAGCUCAUGUGAGGUGAGCUCCUCCGUGACGGACUUUAUCUGGUUCAGAACACAAGAGCUUUCUGACGAUGACUCUCUUCUGACUGGAACAACGCUGCACAACACUCGCCGCUGCUGUUUGUUGCUGCAGACAAUGUGUUGCCACAUGUUUAGCAUGAGUCCACUGACCACCCCCUGCAACUGUCAGAGAGAGAGAGAGAGAGAGAGACCACCCGGCUGCUCAGCCCGACCCAGAGCAGCUGGGAACACUGGACCUGAGCAACUGGCAGAAGAGCUGAGUCAUCAAAGUGCAGCAGGAGAAGACUGUUGUUGUAAAGGUGGAGCAGAGUGGAGAGUUCAGAUCCAUCAUCUCGGUGUGUUUCUGACCUUGUGAUAAAGCUGAAAAUCCCACUGGAGUCUCUUGUCUUUUCUCCUUUAAGAGUCAAACACUGUGAUGUUGAAGAGCACACACGC